UUAUCAUCUACUACUUCUGAUACCAAUUAAAAAUAACCAAUACUACAAAAAUAUUAUGAUAUCUCUUCAUUCUGUAGCAUACAGGAAAUUAUUUUUAUAGAGUUAUAAACUUCAAAAUUUGUCAUAGAAGUUUUUCUCUAAAAGAAAGAAAGAUGAGCUACCUACUUGUAUUGAGAGAAAAAAAAUAAUCAGCCAUUUCAAAAAUAUUUUUACAUAAAAUAUUGAUUUAUUCAUCAAAAUGAGUCCUUAAGCUAGUGUAUAAACAAAUGCACAAAUUUUAUAAAAUAUGUCUAACCUUUCUAUUGAAAAUUAUGAUUUACACCAAACAAUAAAAAAGUCUAUCAUGUAAAAAAUUGAGAAAGAAGUUAAUUCAUAAGUUGCUUACAAAGUUUUACUUGCAUUAUGCUCUUAGAUAGAAGGAGAUGAAACUCAACUUCUCAAAUUUCUUUCUGAAUACUUUAGAAACUUCUUCUACUUAUAUGACUACUAAGAUUUAAAGAGUAUAGAAUAUAUAUUUAUGUAAUCUGCAAAAUUCAUUCCGAUAAAUUUCAAUUGUUCACUCGAAAAUGAAGUUGACUAUAAAAUGCAAAGGUUAAAAAUUAUGAACUAAUUGCAUACAAAAAACAUGAUAUAGUAAAUGAAAAUAGAAAUCCCAAAAGGAAUUAGUGUAGUUUUUAGUAAAGAGGAUGAUCGUGUUUCUAUAACAUUAAAUGACUCAAAGAAGAAUCUUAUCAUAUACGGAGUAGAGCAUGGAGACUAUCAUUCAAUUUUAAAGAUGAAAGAACUUUUACUUAAAGAUAAAUCGGCUCGUCAUUUUAUAUUGGAAUAACCACCUAUGCAAUAUUCUGAAUUUCAAGAUACUUUAGACGAAGGAGAAACAAACAGAGAUGUCAAGUUGAAAUAAAUGCUGUUCGGAGGUCCUACUUACACAGGUGCAGUUGGUUUUAAAGACAGUAACUAGCCAGACAAAUUACUUAAGCAUUAUUAAAAAAUUCCUAUUUUAAUGGGAGAUAUUUCAAGGUUUUACAUAGAUUCUUACUUAUUAUAGUAAAAAAACUACUAUAGAUUAAAUGAUGUUGAGAGAAUUAUUUAUGCUUAAGAAGAUGGGCUAGCCAAACCUUAAGAAUUUGCUACUUUCGUUUACAAUUAAAUCAAGAGGGAUAAGUAAAAUGAGAGCAAAAUUCUUCUUGCUGAUCUCUCUAUUGAAGACGAAAUUUACUAUUAAAUUACAGGAUAAACAAAUGAUUAAAUUAAAUAGUAAUUCGACAUCUUCAAGAUUGUAGGCAUAAAUGAAUAGAUUGAUUGGGCAAUUAAAGUAUAUAAAUCUGGAUGCCCUUCUUGCACUCAGGGAGUAAAAAGAGGUCCUUAUGAUAUUAUAAACGCGUGCGGUGAAACUGAUUACAAUUUUUCAUUAAGAGAAAAACACAUAGUUAAGCAGACUAUCAAAUUCAUGCAAACAAAUAAUGAAGCUGAUAAAUUUGUUAUGUUCGUUGGUAAUGGCCAUUUACUAAAUAUUCUAAAAUAUUUCCUCAUAGAAUAUGACGGCUAAGAUUUUAAAUAAGGAAGCAAGUAAACCACUAAUUUCCAUGAAUAAAUGUUGGAGCUAAGUGAAGUCAACCCAAAAAUUGACUACUCAAAAUAUGAUAGCGACAUAGACUUUUUAAAUAAAUUCUCUUUGUAUUCAAGCUAUUUUAAGACAAACAGGUUGUUGCUUCCCACUGAACUAAGAAACAGAUAAAAUUUAAGCGAUUAUGAGUACUUUAAAAAUCAAUAUUAAUAAUAACUUCACCCAAAUAGCUUUUUAAACCCCAGCUAAUAAUGGGUUAAGUAAAAAGGAUAAGAAAGGUGCUUUGCUCUUAAGACCUUAAACUUAUGUUGAUUUCGCUUAGAGUGAUAAAUUAAAAUUUGUUAAAAAAAUAAAGUACUCCCAUUAAAAAUUAUAAUAAUAUUAAUAAAUCUGUUAGAGCAUUUUAAAAAGACUAAAUAAUUUAUAUCGCCAUAAUUAUAAUUAAGCAUUCAAAAAUUAAUAACUUUUAACAUAAGUCAUCAAUCUUAUUCUUCGUAAUCGUUAUUUUUUUAGAAUUAAAUUUCAGAUUUGC